GUGAAUAGAAUAACUGAUGGAGAACGGACGCCCCAUAAAUAAAGAAUGGUCCAGUGGCACGACGAGGCCGCCCUGCAGCUAUAAAUAAGGAGAGGUUGCGUAUCGCCACAUAGUUUCCAAACGAGUCUGAAGAGGUAAAGCUUAGGCGGUCAACGGGCAGAGAGAACUUCGGGUCUAUCAGAAGAAUAUUAUCCCAUCCUAAGGAAGAGACCUGAGGAAAAAGUUGGUCAUCUUUUAAACAUAGCUGAGCCACGGUGAACUGAAUGAUUUGACAUAGCUGAAGCGUACGCACUCCGCCAUGAAGUCCACCUUCCUGAUCCUUCUCGCGCUUGCGGUCUGCAACCUGCACGUGAAUUUCUGCCAGAACAUCCCCGAUGAGGAAGAUGCGGGCGCCUUGCAGAGAGCAGAGACUCUCUUGCUUAGAUCCAUCCUGAAGAAGAUAGAGGACGACAGUAGUGACAACGAACAAGUCUCCUCUCUGCAAGAGUGGGUCUCCAAGAGGCAACACCCGGGCAAAAGAUUCGAAGAAGAUCUUGAAAAGCGGCAACAUCCAGGAAAACGAGAAGAGGAGGAGGAAGGAGAUUAUUCAGAUCUCCAAAAAAGACAACAUCCUGGAAAGAGAGAGGAUGAGAUCGAACUGGAGAGGAGGCAGCAUCCGGGUAAGCGCUCGAUGCUGGAGCGGUUAACGGACACUUACGGCUCUCCAACGACUUACCUGAACGAGUUUUCUAAACGACAGCAUCCAGGUAAACGCUACCUGCUGUACAAUAAGCGCCAGCAUCCGGGUAGGCGAGAACUUGAGGACGAAGUGAAUGCCGACGAUCAAGCAGACAUGGAGAAACGUCAGCACCCCGGGAAAAGAUUUUGGGAUAACACGAGUCCUGAUUUCGGGAUCAGCGAUCCUUGCGAUAUCCCGGAUCCAGCGAAAGGCUGCAGCAAAGCCAUAUUAUUACUCGAGCUGCUGGACAACGUGAACAAGAGCCGAGCCGAAGAGAAAAGGCAGCAUCCCGGCAAAAGGUUCGCCCUGGAAGAUGUGACAGAACAGGAGUGAAACAGUGAAUAUGGUUUGCAGUCAUGCAAAGAGGAAAUAUGUCAAUUAAAUUUAAUAAGUACAAUUCCGUUAUAGUUAAUGUAGGAUGUUAAUUACCCUUUAUUUUGGGCCACUUGAGUAAAGCUUGGUUUCUGUGGCAAAAUGCCCAACCAUUUAGAGGUGUUCCGCUACUAGUACGUACAUAGACCUAGUACGCGUCGCUUGCUGUGCAUUUACAGAAUAAUAAUAAGCUUUUAGGUGAGCAGCUUUUUGUUACCCUUAAAGUCAUUUGAUUUGUCUUUUACUUGUUUAAUUGCACAAGGAUGCACAUAUCUAUAAUAUAAUAAACAGUCAUGAUCGUGCCCUCUCGGGACCGUGUAAUUAUGUGUAAUUUUGAUAAUUAUCAAUAAAUUACACAUAUGUGUCUGACCCGGAAAAUUGGCAUAUUAUAGAGUUACAAUGGGUAUAUUGAAAAUAAAAGCAAUUACAAAAGCGGGUUUCAUUGAGCACGUAACCAAGGAGAUCGGGAAAAUCCUGGUGACAUUCAAAGAAGGUGAUCUGCAGGCUGGCACACGGGGCAGGAUACCCCACGGUAGAUUUAUCCAAUGUCUUAUUAGGUCUUAAGUCCAUAAUGGAAUCAUAUUUGUACGCCGCAAUAAAUACACAAACAUAUAGCCUUUUUGGUAACUAUAUUUUGAGAUAAAUAAAUGCAUUAUACUUUUCAUGGAUGGGUAUCUGUAAAAUAAACUACGGACUAAUGUUUUACAUUAAUUAAGUACAUAUAUAAUUGCUAUUUUAAAAAGCUUGAAAUAUGCCUAGAUGUAAAGUCGCCUGAGCGCUAUAAUAUCUCCGUGCGUGUUUUAGUUUUCUGUAGACAGGCAGUUAUGUCUGGUGCCCCAUAAUAAUUGUCAAAUAUUUCCAAUACCCUUGGUUGCGGGCUCUUGCCAGAGAAACGACAUUUCACACGUGGCCUUGGUCUUAAUUUAAAAUGUGCAAGAAAUAAACGAAUAUAUCUGUUGUCAAACCGCUUUAACGGCCCCAUUCCCAUGUAAAAUACAAAUGAACAAUAUUCUCCAGCAAAAUAAAAAUGGGUCUCUGGAUUAUUUUUUUACACUAAUGCUAUGACAUGAUAUACAGGCAUAUUUAUUCUG